AUGGCGAUUAGAAAAAUAGUUAUUCUUUGUUUCAUUAUUUGUCAGUUGCCUCUGCUUCUACUACUACCAUGUCACCGGAACUUGGCUUACGCCGCCGGUGGCAAGUGGGACCUACUCAUGUCCAACAUUGGUAUUUCCGCCAUGCACAUGCAACUCCUUAAUGACGAUAGAGUUGUCAUGUACGAUCGUACUGACUUUGGCAUGUCUAACAUCUCUUUGCCUAAUGGCAAAUGUCGCAACAAUAAUAAUGACCUUGCCUUGAAAGUCGAUUGCACUGCACACUCUGUAGAGUACGACGUUUCCACCAACUCUGUACGUCCACUAAUGAUCCAGACCAAUGUAUGGUGCUCGUCUGGCUCUGCCACGUCAGACGGUUCAUUGGUUCAGACAGGUGGAUCCAACGAUGGUAAAUUUGUAAUUAGAGUUUACAAGCCGUGCAUUACUGGGAAAAGGAGUAACUGUGACUGGCAAGAAAUGGGAAAUGGAUUAAUUCAAAGUCGGUGGUAUUCCACCAAUCAUAUUCUUCCCGACGGUAGACAAAUUAUAAUAGGAGGCCGUGCUGCUUUUAACUACGAGUUUCAUCCUAAAACUCCAUCGACUAAUAAUGUAUUCAGUCUUCCGUUUCUUCAACAAACUAAUGAUCCUAGAGAGGAAAACAAUCUUUACCCAUUUAUUUUUCUCAAUGUGGAUGGAAAUCUAUUCAUUUUCACGAACAAUCGAGCUAUAUUGUUCGAUUACACAACAAAUACAAUAGUGAAAACGUAUCCACAAAUACCUGAUGGUGACCCGAGAAAUUAUCCAAGUACGGGUUCUGCAGUUCUUCUUCCAUUAAAGAACUUGGAAGCCCAAACAAUUCAAGCUGAGGUUUUGGUGUGUGGUGGAGCACCAAGAGGCUCAUACCUCAAAGCAACAAGAGGUGAAUUUGUGGGUGCGUUAAAUACUUGCGGGAGGAUUGCAAUUACCGACCCGAAUCCACAAUGGACCAUGGAGACUAUGCCGCUACCUCGAACAAUGGGUGAUAUGGUAAUUUUACCAAAUGGAAAUAUCUUGAUUGUCAAUGGAGCUGCGAUGGGCACUGCAGGAUGGGGAAUUGCUAGGGGUCCGGUCUUAAGUCCAGUGAUUUAUCGACCCGAUAACCUACAUGAUUCUAGAUUUGAGGUACAAAAUCCGAAUGCAAUACCUAGAAUGUACCACUCAACUGCGGUUAUACUUCGUGAUGGUAGGGUUCUUGUUGGUGGUAGCAACCCAAAUGAACUUUACAACUUCACUGGAGUUCUUUUCCCAACAGAGUUAAGCUUAGAGGCAUUUUCACCGUCCUAUUUGGAUUCAGAAUCUGCUAAUUUGCGACCACAAAUCAUUUCCCCUGUUUCCCGCCAUAAAUUCAAAUACGGGCAACGGGUUAGCAUUCAAUUUUCUAUGUCCGGGUUACUAAAUAAAAAUUCGAUGAAAGUGACGAUGGUUGCACCAGGAUUUAACACACAUUCAAAUACGAUGAAUCAAAGAAUGCUUGUACUUUCAAAUGGAGUCGUAAAACAAGUUGGGAAAUCUUCGUAUCAAAUGAGUUGUUUAUUUCCAAAAUCAGGUUCAUUAGCACCACCGGGCUACUAUCUUCUAUUCGUGGUUCAUCAAGACAUACCAAGUGAGGGAAUUUGGGUUAGGAUCUUUUAA